AAGAACAAGCAUUCAUGGAAAGAAAAACGAUUGAUGUAAGACGCGUUUAACAAUCGUAAAAAAGUUGAAAAAUUAUAAUAUCCAAAGAAAUUCUUGAACUUUCCAUUAUAAUCCGGUCAUUCCGGCAUUAGUAGAAAAUAGUUAUUGUAGAAAAUAUGCCUUCGGUGGAGAAUGGACACAAUGAAGAAGAACAAUGUGCAACAGAAAAUCCCACAGAGACGGAAAAAACACCGGCAUCACCUUUAGCUGGGAAAGAAAGAAAAUCGAGGAGUCGCAGCAGAUCUGCCUCAGUCGAAGGUGACGCUAACACGUCCGGUCAAACAAGGUCUAGUAAGUCACGCUCACGAUCGCGUUCACCAAAUACAACGGCGGAGGAUGGCAAACAAUUGGAUGAGUCAGCCGAAAGAGAGCAUUCUAGAAGCCGCAGCCGUAGCGGUAGUCCUGUAAAUAAUGAACGUAAGAGUCGUAGUAGAUCUCGUUCGAAAAGUCGUAGCAGAUCACGCUCUGCCAGCGCAUCGCCUGGCAGACGUUCUCGAAGUGGAUCACGACGUAGUCGUUCGGGGUCACGGCGCAGUCGUUCUGGGUCUAGACGUUCAAGAAGUGGCUCAAAGCGCAGUCGUUCCGGUAGCAGAUCACGUAGUAGAUCGAGAUCAGGUUCUAGGAGAUCACGUUCUGGAUCUAGGAGGUCACGUUCGGGGUCAAGAAGAUCACGUUCUGGUUCCCGUUCUCGAUCACGCUCGGGAUCUAGAAGAUCACGUUCAGGUUCUAGAAGAUCGCGUUCAGGGUCUAGAAGGUCACGUUCUGGUUCUAGACGAUCACGUUCAGGUUCUCGAAGAUCACGUUCCGGAUCCGGUUCUCGAAGAUCACGUUCAGGUUCCAGAAGAUCACGUUCCGGUUCCAGACGAUCGCGUUCUGGUUCAGGUUCGCGUUCACGUUCACGUAGUCGAUCCAAAUCUGGUUCACGUUCCAGAUCACGCAGUGGAUCUCGUCGAUCACGCAGUGGCUCAAGGCGAUCACGUUCCGGUUCACGCAAGAGUCGCAGCAGAUCUGGUUCCAGAUCUCGUUCUCGUAGCGGCUCUCGUCGAUCAAGAUCAGGGUCUCGGCGAUCUCGUUCCGGUUCCCGCUCACGUUCCCGAAGUGUUUCCCGUUCUCGUUCGCGAUCACGCAGCAAAUCAGGAAGUAGGUCACGAUCUGUCUCUAAAUCAAGAUCACGAUCUAGAUCCAGAUCUCGCAGCGGCUCAGAAUCACCAACAAGCAAGGGAAAGAAAGCACAGAAACGGGUUGUUCUCAGUGACUCGGAAGGAGAAGAUGAUCCAUCAUCCACAAAAAAGAAAAAAACAAAAAUCACAGAUACUGAUAACGAAGAUGAGGACGAAGAUAAAUUGGAUGCCGAAGGCGGCGCACAAGGUGGUGCCCAAAAAAUGGGUGAUAGUUCAGAUGAUGAAAACAUUCCCCUCGACAGGGACAGAGAUAAUGAUAAUUUCAUCUCUGACUUUGAUGCCAUGUUGUUGCGUAAAAAGGAAGAAAAACGUACCAAACGCCGUAAACGUGACAUUGAUUUAAUUAAUGACAAUGACGAUCUUAUCGAUCAGCUUAUUAUGAGUAUGAAGAGCGCUUCCGAUGAGGAUCGCCAGUUGAAUAUGCAAGGUAAACCGGCAACAAAGAAGAUCUCCAUGCUCAAAACCGUCAUGUCACAGUUGAUCAAGAAGGAUUUGCAAUUGGCUUUUAUGGAGCACAAUAUUCUAAAUGUCUUGACUGAUUGGCUAGCGCCAUUGCCCAAUAAAAGUUUACCUUGUAUACAAAUUCGCGAAAGCAUUCUUCGAUUAUUAGGAGAUUUUCCUCCCAUUGAUAAAAGUUAUCUAAAACAGUCCGGCAUAGGCAAGGCCGUUAUGUAUUUAUAUAAGCACCCAAAAGAAACCAAAACCAAUCGUGAUCGUGCUGGUCGUUUAAUAUCUGAAUGGGCAAGACCCAUUUUUAAUUUAACAACAGACUUCAGAGCCAUGUCCAAGGAGGAACGUCAAGAAAGAGAUCGCAUUUCAAUAAGACAUCGUAAGAAAACGCCCGAACCAGAACCUUCCACCUCAAAGAAAAAGAAAGGUAUUAAUUCCGCUUUCGCCAAACCAGAGGAAGAGAAUACAUUACGUCCUGGUGACCCUGGAUGGGUUGCAAGAGCUCGAGUGCCCCGACCAUCGGAAAAAGAAUACGUGAAUCGCCCCAAAUCUACCGUAGAGGGAGAGAUUUCAACGACGACAAAACGAAAACCAAAUCGUUUUGAAAAACACAUGAAAAAAUUCUUAGAUCAAAAACGUUUGAAGGCGAGCAGUCGCCGUGCUGUUGAAAUAUCUAUAGAAGGCCGUAAAAUGGCCUUGUAAGGGGCAAAGAUGCAUAGAGUGAGAGAGAGACACUAUGGGAGAGUGUGAGAUUAGGGAUAUAUCUUUAUGUUAACAUUAUUUUAAAGCCAGCCAACUAUUAGUUAUUUAAUUUUUCUUUGUCACUAAAGAAUUCUUGUACUCUUUUUUAUUUUUCGUAAAUUUCCUUUUGAUUUGAAAUCUAUUUUUCCUUUCUUUUUUUU